AUGUCACCAGCAGCCGUAGCUCCACUGGUCAGCUCUCCUCCACAUGCGGCGGAAACCCGAUUCCGGGUACUCAAAGAUGGAUUCGGAGUCGAAAUUACCGGGCUUGACUUGACCGCAGGCGUGACGGAGAAGAAUUUCAGGUUGUUACAGGACGCUGUCACCAAGUAUGGAGUUAUCGUGGUCCGCCGUACCAAUCUGAAUGACGAGACCCAUAUUGCCUUGGCGCGGAUGUUUGGCGAACUGGAUGACGUCAAACCAUAUAUCCAGGCAGGGCGCAGAAACCGUCUCAAAUACGAUGAGCUCUUUGACGUGAGCAAUGUGGAGGAGGACGGCUCCAUCGUGGACCCGGAAAGCCCUCGAGGCCAGGCCAACAAGGGCAACUCUCUCUUCCACGUAGACUCCAGCUUCAACCCUCGUAGGGCAGGGUACUCGCUCUUGCUGGCACAUGAGUUACCUCCUCCCGGAAAUGGGGGUGGCACCGCAUUCGCAGACACCAGACAAGCAUACGAAGGGCUGGACCAGGAAACCAAAGACAGGCUUCACAACAGCGACUACAUCGCCGCACACUCGAUCCUGCAUUCCAGGAAGCUGGCCGCCCCGGAGUUCUUUGCCUACAUCAACCCGGAAGACCACCCCAUGGGCCGCCACAAGCUCCUCCAGUACCACGAGAAGUCCGGGCGGAUGAAUCUCUAUCUCGCCGCGCACAUCCACCACAUUGAAGGUCUGACCGAAGACGAGUCCAAGGCACUUCUCGACAGGCUCUUGGAGCAUGCCACUCAGGACAGGUACGUCGUCGAGAUCGAGUGGCAUAGCCCGGGAGACCUCGUCAUCUGGGACAACACCUGCACGAUGCAUCGAGCCCUGGGCGGGCCAUAUCAGGCAAGAUACAGGCGGGAUAUGAGACGCGCGACCGUCCAUGACUCUAGUGCUCAAGCGUGGGGGCUGAAUGAACGCACGGAUGUCAGGCAAGGUUUGCCAUAGGUCUGGGGGAAUGACUACAUUUGUCAAAUAGCGCAGGAUCUCUGGUCUGUAAUGUCGUUCAAGCGAGCUUGCGAGACUGUCGUCGGCGAGAGCGUGACUUCGGAUC